GUUGCAGAAGAGGCUGGACCCUGCAUCGGUCUGUCCAUCACUACAACCACAGGCAGCCCAGUGGAGCUCACUGUCCCCCGAGGAGAGACCGAGGACAGCCUGAGGACACGGAUCUCCCAAAAACUCAGCCUGCAAACAGACAGAAUGGUCCUGGUGCACAAAGACAGGCUCCUGACUGCAGGGAAGCUGCUGGACCAGGGUGUCAGAGACGGCAGCAGGCUGACUCUGGUUCCUGCCAUUGAAACAGGUUUAGUGUGUUUGAAUCCCAAGGAGAGGAAGAUAAUGGACAUGUUGGAAAGUUUAACAGAAACCCAGAUUGACGACUUCCUGUCGGGACGCUCACCCCUGACCUUCAGCGUUGGGAGCGGUGCCCACACGAUGUGCGUGCAGCUGCAGCUGUCGCAGGACAUGAAGACGCUACAGGAGGAUGAGGACAGCCGCACGCCUCAAACCAGCCGGUGCACGUCGGACAGCCCUGACUCUUCCUGCUCGGGACCCUUUACCCCGCAGACCUCCUCCCCAUCCUCCCUCUCCAGACCCUCACCCCACUGCAACCCACACAGACCCAGGACUUCCUUUAAGUCGCCCAAAAGCGUCCCUCCUGGGAGCUGUCCCUCAUCCCCUCCACGUUUUGUCCAACCGCCACAACCUGUCUGUUCAGCCAAGCCCACCGGCUCCACUGCAGACCCCCUCACAGAGGCUGACCUGUCGAAGCAGCCGGGAGCAGUCAUUGAAAGCUUUGUGACCCACUCUCCUGGAGUCCUCUCUGGGACUUUUUCUGGGACCCUGGCUUCUUGUGGUCAGAACCACAUCCACCAUCCUCGUCGUGGCAUUUCCAUCAUUCUCCAAAUCCUGAACGACCUCCUCAGAGCUGCCUACCACCACCAGGAGGCUUCAACUCCCCCUCCUCUUCAUCGCUGCACUACCUCAAAACUACCAUUCAGCCACCUCCCACCGAAGGACAGACCACCACGACCCCAGAGGACCGGACUCCGAGGAGACAAGAGACAGCUGCUGCCUUCCUCCUCCUCCUCCUCCUCCUCAGAGGAAAAUAAAUCUCUGCAGGGGAAGUUAGAGCGUCUCCAGCUGCUGAUGCAUCAGAGGCGUCUCCGCAGGCAGACCCGGAGGUGUUCAUACCUUCACAAAGCCACUCGUCCAAACCUGCAGCGGCACAAUUGUUCCUAACGCCUCACAGGGAACGGAUGCAGACUCGACAGAAAGACCCCCCAGACAAGAAAAGAGUCUUGCGUCUCUGGACUGAGCUGGAGUCACGCUGUAGCACCAAUAGAAGAAGAAGCUCCUUCCAGGUAUCUUCUGGUUGCUUGUCCCGGAUGCACUGAGGUGUAAUGAAUGUACGCACAUUAACUGUAGCUGAUAGGUGCUGCUUUAUGCCAAUCACACUGUAAUUUUAUCUCCCGCUGCUGAAAGGUGGGCAGUUUUGCCGACCUGUCUGUUCGUCUUGUAGCAAAAUACAGUAUCUCAUGAACCACUGGACUAACUUUUGUGAAACUCACAGAAACCAACAAGGUGUACAGUCAAUUCAGUUGCAACACAAAAACGUCUAAGUCGGUUAAUUCAACAAACAUCAAGCCAAAAUUUGACAUGGCAGCAGCUGAAAGUUACAGCACAUAGUGUGAAUUAAUCACUUACUUUGUUCAACUGUCAGCUAAAAGCCAAGAGAUCAGAAACAUUUUUAAGUGCAUCAUCAGGUUUUCUCUCUUGAAUGUAGCAUGAGUUUCCUCAAAGAAUCUGCUUCUGCUGUAAAAGAAAAACAUUGUGUGUGUGUGUGUGUGUGUGUGUGUGUGUGUGUC